AUGGGAGUCAUAACAGCAGCUCCUACUGCUCAACCAGAAAGGAAGUCAAAAAGAAAGAAGGGUCCUGACACUGAACCAAAAACGAAGCCAAAACAAAAGAAAAGCAAACUGACGAAGAAAUCUUCUGAGGUCGAAACAGCUUCUGACUCGGCACCGAAACCUCUCCCAGUUGCACCAUCAACCACAGACACGAAAGAAGCUAUGAAGAAAGGAACAUUCGACAAAAAGAAGGUUGCAAUAAAGCCUUCCUCAAAAGUACAAAAGAAAAUCAGUUCUUCAUCCGAAUCAGCUCACCGUGAACGUUCAUCAAAGGAAGAUAGUUCGGAAGAAGACAGCUCUGAAGUCAGUCGAGCAAAACAAGCAGAAGAAAGAUUCAGGAUCGUUCAGAAGGAAGUGACAGUUGAACAACAAAAAAUUGUUCCAAGUCCUGCUACACUUGAAGAGUCCAGUUCAGGAACAUGGACGAACUCUCUCGAGCAUGCUGCUCUGAGGAAGAAAACACAAGUUGCUCACCAGAAGUCAAGCAACCUUCGGUUCUUAAACAAGCACUUGUCUUAG